AUGAAGAACUCCGUUGCUCUUUUGGCUCUUGCCGCCGGCGUCAGCCAGGUCACUGCUACCGGCUGGAACAAAUUCCCUUCUUUCACCUGCCCCCAGAACACCGACAACCAGUGCGACGACAAGCAGAAGUCCGGCUUCUCCUGGGGCGACCUGAGCACGGGAUCUUUCAGCAACUAUGGCGGAUUUGACUUCAAGGGCUGGACCUGUGAAAGCGACUUCUCCAAGCGCGAUCUCCUGGCUCCCCGCACCUUCACCAAGGGCAAGGUCAUCUCUGGAUCUUGCGGACAGAAGAAGGAGACCUCUCCCUCUUUUGGCUGUGGCUCCGCUCCCGGCGGCCCUGACAAGUUCUCCAUCUCCCACUUCGACGUGACUGUCGAGUUCGACUGCGACCUGGAAUUCCACUACGACAUGCCCGAUGGCUCCAACUGCAAGCAACGCUCUCCCUGCUCCAAGUCCGGAACCACUGUCACGAACUCCCAGUGCGGUGGUGCCAAGAACGUCACCAUCGUCUACCCCUCGCAGCCCUCCAAGCCCAAGUCGACCUGCGGUGUCGGUAUCCACACCAUCGGCUUCGACUGCAGCCCUGCCGAGACCCCCAAGCCUCCCAAGACCACCGUGAGCCAGGCUCUCCCCUCCGCCACCACUCUCAGCACCCAGAUCCAGGUCCCCACCACUCCCGCCGGCAUCCCCACCGUCUCUAAGCCCGUCGAGGAGACCAAGCCCGCCACCACCGCCCCCGUCAAGGAGACCGUCUCUGUCCCCGUCCCCAUCCAGAGCGAGACCACCCCCGUCGUUCUUCCCUCCAUCUCCGUCCCCGUCAAGGGGUCGACCACUGCUGCUGUUGUCCCUUCUGUCACCACGCCCGCCGAGCAGACACCCGUCAUCAGCAAGCCCGUUGAGGAGACCACCCCUUCUCAGUUCCCCACCAUCCCCGUCCCCGCCCCGGUCAACUCCACCAAGCCCGCCCUGAUCGAGUCCACCCCGGCUGUCGUCACCCCUGUUGUCCCCGAGACCAAGACCACUGUCUACGACACCACUUCCACCAUCUACACCACUCGUGUCGAGACUGUGACCUCUUGCGCACCUGAGAUCACCAACUGCCCCGCCAACUCUCACGCUGUGGUUACCCGCACCGUUCCUCUCACCACCACCGUCUGCCCCGUCACCGAGACCAUCGUCCACACCCCUGGCCCUGCUCCUACCAAGCCCGCUGGCCAGCCCCCCAAGGGCGUCUCCUCCGAGAAGCCUGUCGGCUCUGUCCCCGUCGUCAAGCCCUCGGGUACCAAGCCCGCUGGCCCCAUCGAGACCCUUCCUUGCCCCGAUGUUGUUCCUCAGUGCCUGAGCAGUUGGAUGUGGUCCACCGGCUGCGCUGCCAACUCUGACGCCAACUGCUACUGCCCUGACGCUCAGUUCGUCGAGAACAUCUUCUCUUGCAUCUACGCCUACGGCGCCAGCGACGACAUCAUCUCCAAGGCCACCCUGUUCUUCCAGGGCAUCUGCGCCCCUCACAUUCCCCAGAACCCCGCCAUCGUCACUGCCCCCGCCACCAUCACCACGGCCCUCACUGUUGGUGUCGAGAAGCCUGCCCCGACUAACCCCGCUGAUAUCACCACCGUCGUCAUUGACAAGACGGUUGUCGUCCCCUGUGUCACUGGCGGCACCACCAUCCCCGGAUCGUCCACCACUGCCACCAUCAAGACGACCCUCGUGGUCCCCCAAGUCUCUUUCGCCACUAACUCCGCCUCCGACGUCGUCCCCGUCCCCAUCAAGGCCCCCACCGCCCCGGCCGGCGGUGCUGGCCCCAGCGGCGUCCCGGCGGCCCCCUACCCCACCGGCCCCGCUGCCGGCGCCAGCAAGCCGGCCGGCACUGGCGGUCUUAAGCCUACCCCUACCGGUGUUGUCACCGCCGGUGCUGGCAAGGCUUCCUUCGGCAUCGGUGCUAUUGUCGCCAUUGCCGCCCUCGCUGCAUUCUAA